AUGUUUGCAAAAGUGCAAGGAAAACAAAGGGGAAACGUAAUCAAUGAAGUUCCUGAGAUGUAUGGGAUGCUCUUCAAAUGUUACCAUAUGCAACCAUCAUGGAAAGGAGAUGUGGAAUGUAAAGACCAGAAGUUGGUUGCGGAUUGCAACUCUGCGGCUUCAGACUCGCAGAGUAUUGUUCCGCACGCCCAAGGACUUCCUGACAGUCUGUGCGAAGGGAAAGCCGACGGUUACCAUUCUGCGACGGACUGUUCAACAUCUGUGGUGCAAUGUGUAGGAGGAGUGUCCAGGCUGCUCGAAUGUCCAAAAGACGAAGUCUUCGAUAACGUCAAGCAGGGUUGCACUUCACCUGAUGAAGUCGUAGCGUGCAGAGCUGCCGAUGAACCCACCGAAAGUACGACAUCCAGCUCUGGCCCAAAAACUGACUGCGAGGGCUUGGCUGACGGGUUCUUCGAAAAGGAACCAUGCUCGUCAUUCUUCCUCACAUGCUCAGGCGGAGUGUCAAGGAUUCUGACGUGUCCAGCUAACCUUGUAUUUGACCAAAAGUGGGUUUCUACGCCCUUUUGGGUCCCUGUCCCAUAA